AUUAGAGGGCGCUGUGGGGGCGGCUCCGCCGCAGUCCCGACUCCCGCCGCUUCCUCCCGCCGCCCCUCCCCGCCAGUCCCAGCGAACCCGGCCGGGCCCUUGGGGACCGAGUCUCGGCGCCGCCGGGGAACGGGCGCGGGCCGCGCCACAGCCGGAGCGGGGCAGGGCCCCGCCGCUGCCUUCUUCCGCCGGCCCCGCCGCCGGCCAUGCAUUCUUCCGGCUCCUCUGACUUCCAAAGCCCCGGCCGGGGCCCGGCCAGCCCGAGGCAGCCACGAGGGGAGUAGGGCGCCAGCGCGCCCGCUCGCGCCGCGCCUCGGGCCGCCUGGGCCGCCGCCGCGUCCAUGACCGCGACCCCUCGGCGGGGGACACCCGCCCCCGCGCUCCGCAGCCGCCCGCCGUCCGCGCCCGCCGAGAAAGACAGGACGGAGUCCAAUGUGAGAAUGGCUAUGACUUUGGAAGAAGCUCCGUGGCUGGGCUGGCUCUUGGUGAAAGCACUGAUGAGGUUUGCCUUCAUGGUCGUCAACAACCUGGUUGCUAUUCCAUCCUACAUCUGCUAUGUAAUUAUACUUCAGCCCCUUCGAGUGCUGGACAGUAAGCGGUUCUGGUAUAUCGAAGGAAUCAUGUAUAAAUGGCUUUUAGGAAUGGUGGCUUCCUGGGGAUGGUAUGCUGGAUAUACAGUGAUGGAAUGGGGAGAAGAUAUUAAAGCAGUUUCAAAAGAUGAAGCAGUGAUGCUGGUGAAUCAUCAGGCAACAGGAGAUGUGUGCACACUGAUGAUGUGCCUCCAGGACAAAGGACUGGUUGUUGCUCAGAUGAUGUGGUUGAUGGAUCAUAUUUUUAAGUACACAAACUUUGGAAUUGUUUCUCUAGUUCAUGGAGACUUCUUUAUAAGACAGGGAAGAGCUUAUCGUGACCAACAGCUGCUGCUUCUCAAGAAGCACUUAGAAAAUAAUUACAGGAGCAGAGAUCGAAAAUGGAUUGUUUUGUUUCCAGAAGGGGGCUUCCUCAGGAAGAGGCGAGAAACAAGUCAGGCAUUUGCCAAGAAAAAUAACUUGCCAUUUCUUACAAAUGUUACUCUGCCAAGGUCUGGGGCAACAAAAAUUAUUUUGAAUGCACUUGUAGCACAACAGAAAAAUGGAAGUCCAGCAGGAGGAGAUGCUAAAGAAUUAGACAGCAAAUCAAAAGGCCUCCAGUGGAUAAUAGAUACAACGAUAGCUUAUCCCAAAGCUGAACCUAUAGAUAUUCAAACUUGGAUACUUGGAUACAGGAAACCAACAGUCACACAUGUACAUUACAGGAUCUUUCCAAUUAAAGAUGUACCCCUGGAGACUGAUGACCUUACCACUUGGCUCUAUCAACGGUUUGUUGAAAAAGAAGACCUCUUAUCACAUUUUUAUGAAACAGGAGCUUUUCCACCUUCCAAGGGCCAUAAGGAAGCUGUUUCCAGGGAGAUGACCCUCAGCAACAUGUGGAUAUUUCUCAUACAGUCUUUUGCAUUUUUGUCAGGCUAUAUGUGGUACAACAUCAUUCAGUAUUUUUACCAUUGCCUGUUUUAGGAAUUGACAUGGACUUGUCAAGGUCACCAUAGGAGUUCAGACUUUCUUUCAUAACUGUGCAUUAUUUUACAUGUGCAAAUCAGAAUAUAUUUAAAAAAAAAAAGCAAAAGAAAUUCAAUGGAUGGAUUAAUAUUUAUCCCCUUUUGGGAUAUUUUAAAACUCUACCAAAAUGAGGAUUAGUAAUAUAAUGACCUGCUAAUAUAUUUUAAGAACAUGUUUUAAAAAGAUACACACUAUCACAUAUUUAAGCAAACAUCACAUUUGGAGAAGAGGAAAUCAUAAAAUCAUCCUAGAAGACUAUCUGAGAGAAAUUCUGUUGCCACCAGUUAUACUUAACAAUUUAGUUGAAGCUCAGAAAGUUAUAUUCAUCCCUCUCAGCUGUAGUCUAUAUUAGGGCGGUUCUCUAGAACGCCUACAUUUCCACCAACUCAGUAAACUUGAGGGGAGCUAGUUGGCACCUCGUGAAGAACUCUUUCCCUGUCGUUUGCAGUAACAAACUCCAGUCUUCAACAGCUAACUGAGGUACACUGUUGGCAUUCUCUGUGGGGGAAAAGCAGUGUCCACUGGACCCCUUCCGGUACUGGAUGUGUUCUUUACAAAGGCUAGCCCGGUCCAACACUGUGUUUACAUACACUCGUGCUUUUUCUUAUCUGAUUUCUCAUUUUGUAUCGAGGCAUAUCAUAAAUUGAUAAUUUUGCAAAAUGCACUUUUUUGAGAUGCAGAUAUAGCAAAGGAUUAGUAAUAUGGCCUGAAAACACAUGGGAGCAUAGCAGUGUGUGAGGUUCUCAAGAACUGUCUUGUCUCUGUGUGUUUAUUUGCCUGCCGAUGCUCUCCAGCGCCAUCCUGCCCUGGACACCACCCUGACGUGAUGCCUCUAUUGCAGCUCAGAGGCUUUAUUUUUUCCAUUUUGACAUUGGCACUAAAUGCAUUUGGGGAUGAUUAAAACAAAUUAAUAUAGAACAUUUAAAUGAUCAGUUUAAGGGGAAAUAGGCUAGUUUAUAGAAAAAUAAGAGCUAGUGGCUUAUAAUGGUUACAGGUUCUCAUGUGGCACCCCGAGGUCCUGUGCAGACAGUAGUCUGUUGAAUCAUUACAUCAAGGAGCUGCCCCUGUCAGGGUGAGUGUAAUUAGGAAAAGAGACCAGCAUAGAAGGCUCCCCCCCAAUCUCUUCCAGUGGCUUUUUCUUUUUUCUUUUUUUUUAGACAGGUCUUACUCUGUCACGCAGGCUGUAGUGCAGUGGCAUAAUCUCAGCUCACUGCAAUCUCUGCCUCCCGGGUUCGAACGAUUCUCCUGCUUCAGCCUCCCAAGUAGCUGGGACUACAGGCACCCACCAUCAUGCUCGGCUAAUUUUUGUAUUUUUAGUAGAGAUGCGGUUUCACCAUGUUGGCCAGGCUGGCCUCGAACUCCUGACCUCAGGUGAUCCGCCCGCCUCGGCUUCCCAAAGUGCUGGGAUUGCAGGCAUGAGCCACCAUGCCCGGCCUCCAGUUGCUUUUGAAGAGGGUAAAGUCAAGUUUCUAUUUCUAGAAAACAUUUUUUAGAAAUUUGUUGUGAUGUUUGUACAAUUUACCUCAUAAGAGAACUACACCCUUCUCCAAAAGUGCUGGUACUGCAUCAGUGAGAUGAGUAGGGUUUUUGUUUGGGAUUGUAAGACUAUUAAGAUCCUAGUAAGUCAGUGGUAGUUUACUGUGAUACGAGCAUCGUAGAUUCCCCUGUUGUCACUAAUCACACAAAUAACAAUUUUGAGAAGUAGGCUAUAAAACAAAAAAAGAUUGCUGUUUUCUAUUUUUAAAUAAACCAAAAAAACAGAAAAGAUGUGAAUUUUCCCCAGUUGUGUGGGAAAGGUAAAGCAACACCAAAUAAAAGCCCACAGCAGCUUCAUCUUUAGGAUAACUCAGUGCAUAUGUGAAAGAGAAUGAUGCAUUAACUGAAAUACCUCACUGAAUAUUAUACUACUACUGGUAAAAUGCAGAAGACAGUGUUAAUGUGGUUUGGGGACUGGUUGUUAUAAAAUGCAAUUUUUUUGAAAUCUAAGCAUUUCAUUAUGUGUUCUACAGUGACAGCGAAUAAAUGAAAUGAAUCUCAAUUUAGAGGUAUGGCUGAUGACAGAAAGCCCAAUAGAAGCUUAAUGAUGCUUCUGUUUGAGGCCCAGCAAGCACUACUAAAUUCCUGGAUGAAAUGAAAUUGUUCACUUGAGGGAUUAGUCAACCAUCUGGGGGAGAAGUUACUCACUGUCAAAUACAGCAUGCACAGUCCUAGCUGAUAGACCUUUUCCUUGUUGCUACAGCAAGCCACAGGGCAGAGUGACCAGUUCUCCUAUCCAAAAAUAACUGCGAAGAUGCAUACGUAAAUGUGGCUGAGGGCCACUGUUGCCAUCACUGUGCUCCAAAGGAACAUGAUAUUGUUAAAUAUACUGUGCACAUUAAACUAUCCUAUAAGAUGCUUUACUUUUCAAGUGCAGUGUCAUUUUCACCGUCUCCAGGGUGACAAAUGCCAAUAGAUACGGAGUUAAUUUUGGAAACUAUUUCUGUGAGUUGUAAAUAGAUGUGUAUUUGAUCUGCCCUAUCCUUCUUUGAUUCUUUAACAUGUUCUCUCUCUUCUGUUUGCAAACUAUGUUUGAAAGCAUUGGUAGUGCUUAUCGGUAACUGGAGUUCUCCUGCUUGCACUAGAGAAGGUAAAGAGAGAAUCAGUAUUCUUAUAUGGCAAUCUGGGGAAGCAGCAAUAUGCCACUGUACAAAACUGAAGAAAGAUUCCUAAUUUGUACUUUGUGAAGAGAGAUGAAAGGACAGUUAAAGUAUAUAUAUUUUGUCAAGAGGAAAGAAGAUAAAACUAUGCCAGUUUUAUAUCAGUAGCUUGUAGAAGCUCAGCUCUUCUUGGUCUUGGCGAGACUGCCUAGAUUCCCACAGCAGACAAGGUUGAGAAUCCAUUGCUGGAAUCUUGGUAUUGAUGAGUUACAGUGAUGGAGCAUCUGCUUGGCCACAGGCAGGUCCAGUCACUACAAAAGUGACCAAGCCAGCAGGUCACCCUUAACUUCAGAAACAAUUAUUGGUGGUGAACUAUACUUAAAUUGCAGAGAAACCUGUAAGUAAUGGAAGAUAAAGAAAAAUGACAGAACGGAAAAUAAUAUUUUGGGUAAGCAAACAAAUUCACUGAGAAUUCCAAAAGUAUAUUAAAAAAGAAGAUAGCUAUGAGUUCAGAUCUAUCUUAUUGGUCUUUAAUAUGACAACCAAUCCUUAACUAUCCACUAUAAAGGAAGGAUUACUAGAUUAAUUACUUUCUGGAUAGAUAAUCUGGUAAUAAAUGAUAGGUAAAUCAAAAAUUACUUUUAUUUAGGAGUUUGAAUUCUUAUUCUCAUCAGACUUAUUUUUUUUCUAGGGAUGCUUACUAAUUAAAUUAUUUAAGUUUCUUAGGGGGUUUUUGCCUAUAUAUUUAUGACUGUGUUAAUGAGUAGUGAAAUGAUACAGAAAGACAGGCAGCUAUCAAGAAGAGGAAAUACAGAAGCCUGAAUAAUCUAUGGGCUAGAAAAGCAUCCCUGAAUAAUCAAGAAUUGGCAGUAUUGGCAUUGUUCUCAAGCCUUUUUAUGAAAAUGAAAUCUGAAAUCACCAAAUUUGAACCUGGGAACAUUAUUCUAGUGUUGCUGUCUUGGAUUCAUGUUAAGAAGCCUCUUCAUUCUUUGCUUAUGUUGCCCACUUCUUGUGGAUUUGUCUGAGUGUUUUUUGACAAUCACUUCCUUAAAGACUCUUCUGAACUAGUUGGACCUGGCUAAUCAUAGAGAGUAGACUUUAAUCAUGGAUAGUCUUCUUGGAUUAUUUUUAUAUUUGAAAAGAAAAUGUUUUAUUUGCACUACUGAGUAGGAAGAGUUAAUUGUUUUCUUUGUUCUUUUUUUGAAGUCAUUACACAGGACUUCACUCCAGAGUUACCAUUAUGAGUGUGUUCAGCUCUGGUCCACAGAGGAUGGAUAAAAAUGGUUUGUUAUGUUUUUUUGCUCUGCAGUGCUAUGAGCCUUAUAUCUGUUAACAUGAAGGACAAACUCAAAAGCAGCAGUGGGUAGUAGGAAGGGUAGAGACUAAUAUGUUUGGGACCAAAACCAUCCAAGUUAGAGAUUUCCAGAUCACAGAGGGGCUGGGUAUUCUCUGGAGCAGUCAUUGGUUGGUGCUUUAUUGUAAUCAUUUUGCACCAAUCCCCAACAAUUAGGAACUGGACCCUGGGAAUAAGCUGAGGGUGCUGAAAUGUUGGGGAAGGGUGACUGUAGCCAUAUGGAAGAUAAAAUAUGGGUUUUUCUGCAAAAUUUCCAUCUGAGGGUUUUUACAUUUAGUAUUUUUUUAAGACAGUUUAAAGAGCAAACGUUUUUUAAGUGUAUUCUAGUUGCAAAGUAUGCACACAUAUCUUGAAUGGCUUUAUUUUUAUUGUGUAAAACUGUUGAACACAUGACUGUGAUGCACAAAUUCUUUACGUGUAAGGAGUCUAUGCAUUUUACAGUAACUUAUUUUAUGAUUGGGUGAUGAGACAGUUAUACUUUCAACUGCCAUUAUUUUUAUUAAGUGCUUUCAUUUUCUUUACAGUUAUUACAAAAUUGUAUUUAUUUUAUACAGAUGGGUUUUCAUUUUCCUGAUGCUGUAAUGUUUACUUCAGCUUGUUGACCUUUCUUUGUGUUAUCUGCAUGUUGUAACGUGUGAUGAGAAUGAAUGUAAAGGCUGUGGCAACUGUAAUUAAUUUUUGUAAAGGGCUGGUCACACGUGGAUCUGGUUUACGAAUGCAUUUGGGAUGAUUUUAGUAACCAGAUCACCUUUUCAGAAAUUUAGAUGUGAACACCAAAAGAAGCAUUUUCUCAACAAAAAUUAAUAGCUGGUUCUAUUUUUUUUAAACCUAGAAAAAAUAAAGUUGAUUUUUUUCAAGUAAAGUGCUUUUAAUUCUUAGCAGUGGGGAUGGGGCAUGUGUGUUUUACCUGAGCUAUUUGGGCAUUAAUAGCUGCAGACAUGUACUUAAAGCCCACUGUGGCAGUUGGAUGCUGAAGGCAAACUGGAAAACCAAAUGAAAAAACAUCAGACUUCCUUCUUUGGCUUAAAAAUAUUUCCCCCUUUCUCCCCAUUCUCCCAAUCCAGUGGUGUGCUGGUAAAUGUUUAGCAGUCCACUCUUCUGGGAAAAAAUUAUGUAUUCAACUAUACAUGUUUGUUAUAAAUUUUGCUGAUAGCAAGAACAUAUAACACAAUUAACAAAUAAUAAGAUAUAAAUACUUUAUUGUAAAUCCCAUAUAACCAGUUGAUUCUCACAGUAUACUUAGUUGCUCAGGAAAGAACUAAAAUGCUUUUUUAAAAGGAUACUUAAUUGCUCUUUGCUCAACUCCUACAGCCAACCUAUGAUUGAUUGUCUUUGAACCAUGAUUUGAAAAAUGGCAGACCGUCCUAAUCUAACUCAUUUCCCAAUAAAUUUAUUGUCAUUCAAUCUGAUAUGUGAUCUACUGUUAAAGCUGUUUCUUACCAUGGUACAUAUUAGACUCAUUAAGCCAAAACCACUUUUAGCUUUGACAUUAAUUGUAAAUUUAUAUGAUUCAAUUUCAGUAACCAAUGCUUAACAACUGCAGGCAAAAUUCUAAAAUGUGACCGCUGGGUCUUGGGAAUCAGUAGGGGCUGUAUCCAGCACACCACUGCCCCAUCCUUUUUUUCUUAACUAUUAGUGUUGAAUAAACUUCUCAUAGUUAAUCUACUUGCUGAACUCAGGAAAUUCCUAUCACUGACCCUGGCAAGGGCUUUAAAGGGUAGGAAAAGCAUUAAUGUCAGUCCUACACAGCGAACUUUUGAUUUUGAAGAAUGUGACAGAAAGAAAACGUUUACUGAAAUACAUGGGAAGCUUGCAUAUUUCUAAAGUCAGCUUUAUACUUUUUCAUUUCUCAAAACUAAGUAAACUGUGGUAUAGGCAUCUCUAAGAUGUUGGCAUUUAAAACAUCAAUUGUUUAGGUAUUUGUAGACCUUAUUUGAUCCCACUGAAAAAUUUAAAUAUUAAAAUAUCCUGCACAGUCUACCAAAUGAGUUAAAUCGUUACAGUUGUGUCUACCUCUUAUUUUUCUAUCUGUAUGUAGGCUGCUGUUUUGGUGAGAUUCUAAUUUCUUUUUCCCCUGGAACUACUUUCUGUGGAAGACAAGGAACAGACUGGGGACAGAGGCCUGAAAACAAAUUGAAAGCACUCAGAGAUCUAUUGCUGACCAGCCCUAUUCCUCAUGAGUUGGCGGGGGGAAAGCCAUUGUUUUUAAUUUCCACUUAAUAUGAAAAUCCUUGUUUUUAAAAUGUUUUUUCCUGCUGAACAAAUGUAUUUUUAAAAGGAAAAAAAAAAUUCUCUUUUGGCUCUAAGAAGUCAGCUGUAUGAGCAGGCGUGACCAUAUCAUAACAUGCUGAUAUAGAAAUCAAUAAAUUUUUACCUCUCAGGA